AUGUGGCCAUGCUGUGGGGCCGGGUCUGGCGCCGCGCUGCCCGCGCCUCUCGCCGCCGCCGCGGGUGCUCGCGGCGAGGAGGCUGGCCACCAGCUCGCUGGUGCUGUCUGCCCGCAAAUUCACAGACAAGCAUGAAUGGAUAUCUGUUGAAAAUGGCAUUGGAACAGUAGGAAUCAGCAAUUUUGCACAGGAGGCAUUAGGAGAUGUUGUUUACUGUAGUCUUCCAGAAAUUGGGACAAAAUUGAGUAAACACGAUGAGUUUGGAGCUUUGGAAAGUGUGAAAGCUGCUAGUGAACUCUACUCUCCUCUCUCAGGAGAAGUGACUGCAAUUAACGAUGCCCUUGCAGAUAAUCCAGGGCUUGUCAAUAAAUCCUGUUACCAAGAUGGUUGGCUUAUCAAGAUGACUGUGGAAAACCCUGCUGAACUUGAUGAACUGAUGAAUGAAGAUGCCUAUGAGAAGUCAUCAUGGACUGGCCAGAGGGCAAAGAUUUUGGGAUGUCACCAGAGGAGGAGGUGAUGCGUGCUGAAGAGG